GUUAUUAAACUUAAUUUGUAUUUUAAAAUUACAUAAAUAUGUAUAUAUGUAUAUAUUAAAUUCUACUACCUUUAUCAAACAACCUUCACAGAUACGAAUUCUGACGAAAUUGUUAUUCCAAUUGCGCGAUCACAAAUACUCAACACUACUAAUUUUCCCAUGUUCAUGAUUGCGUCUGUGUAUAAUCACGUGAGCGUGUUGCCCUAUAAACAUUUUGGGAAUAGGAAGUGGUAAACGCGUGCCAGUUCGACCCCCACAAUCCCCACAAUCAUCAGGAUCGGCCUCUCCCCACCAUUUUCUAAGGAAGUCUCCUCCCUUUGAACCUUACAAGGGUUGUCCACUACUAUAUAAGCGAAACUACACCCUCUUUCGUUCUAAACGAUUUUAACGAUUCAUACUACAAAGACGUUUUCGAAAAACCGAUUGUGUGUGUUCGUUAAAAACCGAUUUUCUUUCAAACAGUUAUCUUUCGAAAAUCAUCCUAAAAACACGUACGCUUCCAAACUAGAGACAGUGUGUUGUGAUAUCAGUGACCAGUGUAUAACCUUGGAUUAAUCAUUAGAUAUUGGAAAAUGGAAUCUUUCUCUAUGCCGUCAACGAACAACACAAAAACAGAAUUUAAUUCUCAAGAAUUGAAUACAGAAACAUUUUUUGCCGAUGCAAUUCUGGAUCUUUCUUUCAAAAAACGAAGAAUUUCGACUUCGAGCCAACCAAAUUCAUUAGAUUCAUAUUUAAAUUCGCCCGCGAAACAAGAUCAAAUUAAUCAUGUUUCGGAAUCCGAAACCGAAAGAAGUAGUCCUUUUGAAGUUCGUACGUUCAUGGUAACACCACCUUCAGAAUCUAAUUCUCCGACAAAAAUCAAGUAUGAACCAAUUUACGAUCAUACAGACACGUUAGAAAAUAAUAUCAAAACACACAGUGAUUUGCCAAUGAAUAUUCCAAUUCCAACUAUGUUAUCGACAUUUCUUAAUCAAAACAGUACAGCUAAACCGGCAGACAUAAUUAAUACUCCUACUUCAUCGUUAACUUCAAUGACUUGUUCCAAUGAAAUUGCAUUAUCCAAUACAGAUAAAGAAAGUAAAAAAGCAGCAAGACCAUUUAAAGCUUAUCCAAAAGAUCCCUUGUCACUCACUGUAGGAGCAGUCGAAAUGAUAUAUGAUCAAAAUUCUAAUGAGGCUUAUUCCGAAUUUCGAAAACGAAUGUUAGAAUCGGUUAAAAAAUCAAACGAAGGAACUAAUGUGAAAAUGCGAAGAGUUACAAAAAGUCCUGGAUUACCAACGAGUACGAUUGAUGAAAAAGAUGCAGCUUACUGGGAAAGAAGAAGAAGAAAUAACGAGGCGGCGAAACGCUCUAGGGACGCUCGAAGAGCAAAAGAAGACGAAAUUGCUAUCAGAGCAGCUUUCCUAGAGCAAGAAAAUAUUAAACUUAAAUAUGAACUUGUUGCUCUUAGAAACGAAACAGCUAAACUUAGAUGUAUGGUUUAUUCAACGUAAGUUUGAGAUAUACUUUAUACAAAUUUAAUUGUAAUUAGUUUAUUAAUAUUUCAUUAGUAUUUAAGAUUUAAGUUCUUAAAAUGCUAAUUUUGAAAAUUGACUUUUUUUAAAAGUACAAAAUAAUUGUAUCAUAUAAUAUAUCAUAUUUUUUUGUAA